CUUUCUCGUGCUUUGGCUCCUUACUUUCAAAACCACGCCAAAGAUGGCUGAAUAUUUCCAAACUGUUUACACAAAAUACUGUAAAAGUGUCAGCUGCAAUCCAGAAGUCAUUCGACAGAUUGAAUCGGUUUUUCGGAUUUCCUCUUAUCUCAUUGCAGGUCGCUACAAUGACAGCCAAGUUCUGUCAGAACUGGUAUAUUCGGCCUCCAGACUUAUGGUUAUGUUGAAUGACAUAAUAUUGCAACAGGCGGUUAAAAUUGUUCCCAAAGUGCCUUUGUCACAUGACCGUAUAAUGCGAUUAUUGACUGUCCUGGAAUACACAGAAGUGUUUGUUGAACUUGCAGUGAAGAAACUCUGGGGUGAGGUCGGCCGAUGGAUUGUAAUUACAGUUAUUCAGUUAGCAAAAGCUGUACUACGAUGCCUUUUGUUAAUCUGGUACCAGGCUGGAAUACAAGCAACACCACCCAUCAGUCCAAUUGAUCGGGACAUUCUGAUGAUGUCUUCUAAGAAACUUGAUUUAGUGGUUGAAAAUCUGAUGACAGAAAAAACUAAAAGUAAAGACACAUUUGUCCUGAAACGUUCAGGUAAACCAAUGAGGUCAUUAAAGGCAGCACCAAACGAAAACUGUAGAACAUGGGUUCUUCCAGAAGCUGAAGACAUUGAAAAGAAAUUGUUUUUGUAUAAACCUUCAAAGCUGACGCAGACACAGAUGCUGGCCGAGUUUAUACACAUAUCACGACCAUUAGUCCAUAUUCUCCUAUUAAGUUGGAAUGGUAAAAAGUCAUGGAAGCCAUGGAUGAGUUCUUGCUUAAUGGACAUUGUUAGUUUAUACGUUAUGGGUGAUCUAAAAGAUUUAAAUCCAACUGAACGGACUGAGUUGAAACGAAGGACUUUCACACUGUUUUAUUAUUUGUUAAGAUCACCAUUCUAUGACAGAUUUUCAGAAGCAAAGAUCAAGAUUUUAUUGAAAGUAUUUGGUGAUAGCAUUCCUGGGUUGAGCCAUUUUACAAAUCCUUUGAUUUCCUACAUUCCAUAUUGGCAAAAGGUCUAUUUCUACCUGUGGUCCAGCUAAACAAUCACAUUCACUUGUUUGUUGUUCAAUGAAUGUGGUGUGUAUAUGUAUAUGUAUAUAUAUAUAUAUAUAUAUAUAUAUAUAUAUAUAUAUAUAUAUAUAUAUCAAUAUAUAUACACUCAUACGCAAACACACAUAUGGUACAUGUAACAUCCAAACACACACACAUACAGAUGUAUACAUUACACUUAUGCACACACUCACACACAUAUAUAGUCACAUACACACACUCUGAAAUGCACAUAUAUAUAAGUACACAUUUCUACACGUGUGUAUGUAUUAGUGCGAUCAUCAUCAUCAUCAUUAUCAUUUAAUGUCCGUUGCCCUAUGCUGGCAUGGGUUAGAUGGUUUGUCCAGCUUACCAGACCUGGUCAAACCGUCCAACCCAUGUCAGCAUGGACAACAGAUGUUAAAUGAUGAUGAUGAUGAUGAUGAUAAUACUGAUACAUACACACACACAUACACUCAUAUACACUUGUAGGUACAUGUAUGUGUGUGUGUAUGUAUUCCAUUCACACACACACACAUAGGUACACUGCACACAUGCACACACACAUAUACAGAGGAGCACUACACACAUGCGCACGCGUGCACACACACGCACGCACAUAAGUACACAUAAGUACACUGCACACACACGCACGCACAUGCACGCACGUACACACAUGCACACACACACACAGAGGCACACAUAAGUACACUACACGCACACACACACACGUACACACACAGAGGCACACAAGAGGUACACAUUACCACCAUUAAUGCAAACACAUAACCUUCACUGUUUUGUGGUUUUGAUGUUGCAUUCCCAGUUUUGUACAAAUUGUCACAGUUUUGUAUAAACUCUUUUUACUUCACAGAACUUAUUUGCUGCAAUACUCCUCCCAAAGUUUAAACUCUCUUGUUUCAAACUAGCACGAUUGGCUAAGUUGGUGUUUUUGAGUUGGAAGCAUUCAUUAAUUCUGUCCAUGUCUUUUAAUCACGAAUGAAUGUAAAAACAGAAAGAUUACAAUUGUAUAUUUUAAAGAGAAUUAAAAAAGAAAAAACUACUUUUUUAUCAAA